AUGGCGACUGCGAAAACCGUCAAGGAUGUCUCUCCGCACGAGUUCGUCAAAUCCUAUGCCUCCCACCUAAAGCGCUCGGGGAAGAUGGAGCUGCCCGAGUGGACUGAUUUGGUAAAAACUGGUGUCCUGAAAGAGCUUGCACCAUAUGAUCCUGAUUGGUACUACAUAAGGGCUGCUUCCAUGGCUCGAAAGAUCUACUUGAGGGGGGGACUUGGUGUUGGUGCCUUCAGAAGGAUUUAUGGUGGAAGCAAGAGGAAUGGCAGCCGUCCGCCCCAUUUUGGCAAGAGCAGUGGGUCUGUGGCUCGUCACAUUCUUCAGCAGUUGCAGAAGAUGAGCAUUGUUGAGGUGGAUGCAAGAGGUGGACGUCGGAUCACAUCCAGCGGGCAAAGGGAUUUGGACCAAGUUGCAGGAAGAAUUGUUGUGGUUGCACCGUAG